AUGCAGGAAACAUCAGGGAUGCCACCAUGUGACCAGCAGCGGAAACCAGAUGCACCCAUAGAGAAAUAUGGAAUCUGGCCAUAUAGCUUUUUUAAGAAGCUCGGCAUUCCUGGGCCAAGGCCUCUUCCGUUCGUUGGGACAUUUCUUGAAUAUCGUAAAGGAAUUCUCGAGUUUGACCAGAAAUGUUUUAAGAAAUAUGGCAGAAUGUGGGGGUUUUAUGAUGGCAGACUGCCUAUCUUAGCCACUCUGGAUCCAGCCUUCAUCAAAAUAGUUCUAGUGAAAGAGUUUUUCACACUCUUCACUAACCGUCGGGAUUUUGGUUUAAAUGGACUUUUGGAGUCUGCCAUCACCAUUGUUAAAGGAGAGAAAUGGAAGUGGAUCCGGGCUAUUAUCUCUCCAACAUUCACCAGUGGCAAACUCAAGGAGAUGUUUCACAUUAUCAAACACCGUGGAGAUGUUCUGGUGCAACACAUUGAGAAGAGAAUGGCCAAGGAUGAGUCUGUGAAUAUGAAGGAUUUCUUUGGGGCCUACAGCCUGGAUGUCAUCACCAGCACUUCUUUUGGUGUGGACAUUGACUCCAUUAACAAGCCCAAUGACCCCUUCCUUGUGCACGUCAAGAAACUGCUUGCUUUCUCCUUUUUAAACCCUCUGCUUCUUUUAAUAGCGGUGUUUCCUUCUCUUGUGCCAAUAUUGAAAAAAAUGAAUGUGAGUUUUCUACCUAAAGAUGUUAUUGACUUUCUCGUGAAUGCAACGCGACAUAUCAUGGCAGAUCGGCAAAAGAGCAACAGAAGGGAUCGCGUGGACUUCCUGCAAUUAAUGAUGGAUUCUCAGGCCACAAAUGACCCUGGAUCUAAGGAGAUAAAUAACUCUCCAAAGGCUCUGACUGAAAUAGAGAUUAUGGCUCAGGCCAUUACCUUUCUUUUUGCUGGCUAUGAAACUAUAAGUACAACCCUCACCUUCAUUUCUUAUAACUUGGCCACCCAUCCUGAAAUCCAGAAGAAACUGCAUGAAGAGAUAGACAGUACUCUACCCAGCAAGGCAGUCCCCACAUAUGAUACCAUCUUCCAGAUGGAGUAUCUGGACAUGGUUGUGAAUGAGACACUCAGGCUCUUCCCCCUGGGAGGACGCCUGGAGAGAGUGUGUGAGAAAACUGCUGAGAUCAAUGGGAUAACCAUUCCCAAGGGGACAGUAGUGAUGGUGCCUCUCCAUGUUCUGCAUCAUGACCCAGAGUACUGGCCAGAACCUGAAGAGUUCCGUCCUGAAAGGUUUGAUCGAGAAGGAAGAAAAUCCAUUGAUCCAUAUGUAUUCCUUCCUUUUGGAGCUGGUCCUCGGAAUUGCAUUGGAAUGAGGUUUGCAAUGCUGACCAUGAAGACUGCCCUGGUCAUGCUCUUACAGAGUUUCACCUUGCAGCCCUGCAAAGAGACUCCGAUUCCCUUGGAAUUAGACACAAAGAGUUUUGUAAAGCCCAAGAAGCCAAUCAUUCUGAAGCUUGUUCCUAGAACAAGCCUUAAUGCUAAGCAAUAGAAACUGAGGACUUGAUGGCACAGAAAGAAGACCCUUAA